ACGGACGUUGAUGUCAAACACAGCACAAUAACACGACCUUGUUCAAACUACGAGCAUACUCCUUGACACAGAAAAAUGGUCAACUACGGCGGUGACGAAGUAUCAGCACUCGUCGUUGACAUUGGAUCUUCGUCAUUACGCGCUGGAUAUGCAGGAGACGAUACCCCGAAAGCCAUAAUUCCAACAUCGUAUGGCUACAUCAAGGCGCCUGAUGAUGGAGACUUUGCUAUGGCGGACGUAAACGAUGUCGAGGUAGCCCCAAAACCGAAGUUGGCGAAAUCCUACAUAGGACAAUCUGGACCGUCAGUGUGGAGAAGCGGUAUGGAAGUGGCCAAUCCUAUCAAGGGGGGACUCAUAAAUGAUUUUGGGCCUAUACAUGCCCUGAUCGAGCAUGCUGUCGUCAAUGUUAUGGGAUGCAAUCCUUCUGAGCACCCAAUCCUGGUCACUGAACCCUCAUGGAAUACCGUUGAGAAUCGAGAGCGGAUGGCCGAAAUAAUGUUCGAAGAAUUCCAGGUACCUGCUUUCUACAUUUCCAACACCGGGGUUCUCAACACCUUUGCAGCGGGAAAAGGGUCUGCACUAGUCAUUGAUAUCGGUCAAGACAUGGCGAGCGUGACACCUGUCGUAGACGGAUUUGUUUUGCGCAAAGGCCUUGUAUACUCGUCUCUUCCAUCACUUAUCCACUCCAGCGCCCAUAGCAUCCUUACGCAGCCAACACAUACCCGACGAGGUAUCGAUUUGUUUCCACAUCAACUCAUAACAAGUAAAUUGCCCGUCGAACCUAACAGCCCACCAAAAUUCACCCUGCGUGAGGAUCGCCUGGCUGGAACAACUGAUAGCUGGCGUCAGUGGUACGAAGCUCGCGAAGUGGACGAAUGGCUACAAACUGUGGGUGGCGUGCUCGAGACAGGAUGGAACGAUCAAGCCGCGGCUAAUCGACCACCGAGGCAAUAUGAAUUCCCUACAGGUUUCAACACCUGGUUUGGGGCCGAGCGAUACUUUGUCGGGGAACAAUUUUUCUACCACUCCCCUCAAAUGAGCGCUUCCAAUCAUUCCUUACCCAAAACAAUACCCGCAUUGAUCAGCGAAUCCCUGCGAUCGUACGACAUCGAACUCCGCCAAGUUUUGAUGGGAAAUGUCGUUCUUACUGGAGGAGGUAGUCUAUUCUCUGGAUUCAAUGACCGGCUUGCCACAGAGCUGGGCCGGACUUUCCCUCACGUCAAAAUUCAUGCUCCCGGAAAUCCUAUUGAGCGCCGUUAUGGAGGCUGGUUAGGGGGUAGCAUUUUAGCGAGUCUGGGUACUUUCCAUCAACUGUGGAUAAGCAAGGAGGAAUGGCAGGUAAGACAAUAUACUGUAUAUCGUGGUCAGCCCCUCACGUCUCAUUCGUAGGAGCACGGAAAAGGUAUUGUCGCGCAGAGGUGUAAAUGAUAUAAACUUGGUAUAUCUUUAUGAUAUUUUGUUCGAGCCGUAUUGUAUC